AGUGCUGCAGUGGAUACAAACACACGGGAGGUAGACACGUUGUUGCAGUCGUUCAGAAGUUAACACUUUAUCAACGUAUAUAUCAAUUACACGUUCAUUAUGACGAAUCCGGGGAGCUAUCCCUCUCCGGUAUUUGACUGUCCGCCGCAGGCUCCCGUGUUGAAAGCCUCCACGUUUCAGUUUGACUCGUCUUCGGAACCGAGUAAAUUUCAGGCAACACGUGAUUGGAGCUGGUCCGAACGGCAGCCCUCGUAUGCCAAUCCGCCGCAGCACCCACCUGGACCUUGGACCUGGAACCAGAACCCUCACGGAAACUGGCAAGGUGGUAACUGGCACCACCAGAACUACGGACAGAACCGACACCGAGGAGGACAGCAGCAUCACCAUCAUGGGAGACAGGACUUUGGUGGGAAAAAGAAGAACAAGCGCGAGCCGGAGUUCAGCUUCUUCUGUGACACGUGUGACCGCGGCUUCAAGGCCCAGGACAAAUAUGACGAGCACAUGUCACAGCACGUCAAGUGCUCUGUGGCUGACUGCACUUUCACUGCCCAUGAGAAGGUGGUGAGGAUCCACUGGAACAAUAAUCAUGCCCCAGGAACCAAGAGGAUCAAACUGGACACUCCAGAGGAGAUCGCAAAAUGGAGAGAGGAGAGGAAGAGGAACUACCCAACUCUGGCUAACGUGGAGAAGAAGAUGAAAGUGAUGGAGGCGAAGGAGGAGAGAGGAGAAGUCCUGGAGACCGCCCAGUUCGGGCGGAUGAAGGGCAGAGGAAGAGGACGAGGAAGAGGGAGAGGGGGGCGCGGGAGGGGAGGGGGUUUCAGAGGCCGUGGCGGUUGGGGAAGAGACUGCAGUUCCAACUCCAACCACACAGGCGGCGCUGACGAGCCUCAACAGCAGCAGCAGCAGGCAGCAUCUCAGCGCCCCAAAGAAGAGGACCCUCUGGGGGCGUUGGCUAACAGCGAUCCAGACUCUGAUGUAGAGGGGCCAGUUCAGGUGUCGGUGGCCCCCAAGGCUGUGUCCUCAGGCCUGGCUUCCCUGGUGGCCAGCUAUGGAGACAUGACCGACAGCGAGAGCGAACAGGAAGCCGCAGCUCCCAUUCUAAAGACCAGUAAAGCCCUUGAGGAGAAUAAAGCGCUGCUGAACAACAACGGACCCCCCCGGGCCAACGGACCCCCCCACACCUGGGCCCAGAGCCAGAGCUAUCCUGGAGGACCCCCCUCCCAUCCCCGUGGGCCCCCCCAGGGGAGUGCGGGUCCCUGGGCCAAUGGCGGCGCAGGCUCCCCCGGGUUCCAUCCCUCCAGGGGGGGUGGACAGGGACGGGGGCGCGGCAGGAAGAGAGGAGGGAGGGGGGGCAGGGGCGGACACAAUGCCCCCCACCCUCACAGACACACCCUGCUGGAGAUGUUGUUGGCUCCUGAUAUCCGGCAUGAGAGGAACGUGCUGCUGCAGUGCGUUCGCUUCAUCGUGCGGAACGGCUUCUUCGGCCUUGAGACGAAAGAUGGCGGCCACAGCGAGAAGAAAGACGGCGUUGACAACAUCAUGGAUGUGGAUUCAAGAAGCGGGACCGCGAGGAAGCGGAGUGAUGUCACCGGGGCAGGAGAUGACACCAGGUCACCACCGUCGGAGAACUGUGGCAUCAACGGCAGGACUCUGCACGCGUCACAGACGUCAGCUCGUGCGGCACAGAACGGCCAUCUUGGUGACACGAAUCAUCAGCCCAGCCGUCGGAGUGACUCUGCAACGGUUGCCAUGGAGAUCGACGACACGGUGGCCAACGGAACUCCAAUGGAAGAGGAGCGGCCCAUGGUAACAGACAUGGUGACGGCUAGCGCGUCACAGGGGGUGGCAAACACACAGCGCACCGUCAUGGUCUACGACGACGACAUCUGGGAGAUGGAUGAAGUCAGCACCACGGAGGGAAACUCAGAAGAACCGACAAACACGAGCAGAGCAGAGGAACCCGCCAACACAAUCACAGUGGUGGGACCUGCUGACACGAGCAGGGGAGAGGAAGCUGGCAUCACCACGGAGGGAAACAGGAAGGAACUGGUGAGCAUGAGCAGGGAAGAGGAACCGACGACCACCACGAUGGGACCUGCGAGCACGACCACAGUGGAGGAACCGGACAGCACGGACUACACGACAGGACCUGCAAGCACAACUAGUGGAGACAGACCCGGCAGCAGAACCUCAGUGGAGGAACCUGGUAGCACGACCAGAGAACAGGAACCAGGGAACACAAGCAGAGAAGAGGAACGUGGCAGCACAACCAGAGAACAGGAACCUGGGAAUAGGAACACAGUGGAGGGACCUGGGAACACAAGCAGGGAAGAGGAACCCUAUAGCGCAGCCAGACGAGAGGGGCCUAUCAGCACAACCUCAGUGGAGGGACGUGGCAGCACAACCAGAGAACAGGAACCUGAUGGCACAGCCAGGGAAGACCGACCUGAGAGCACCACCAGAGGAGAGGGCCCUACUAUGAGCACAACCUCAGUGGAGGAACCUGUUAGCACGACCACACUGGAGGAACCUGAGCACAACACCAGAGGAGAAGAAUCGGGGAACAAGAACAGGGGAGAGAGACCUGCUGGGGACACCACCAUGACCAGAGAAGCUGGAUCUGAUCAUGGAGCUGUCAGCAGGGAAGGGACGAGAGCAGGAGGAGAGAGCUCAUUGGACGAGAGAGAAGGGAGUGCUGCUGAGAGAGGAACCCAAUUGGAGGAGAUGAGGGGGAGUUCCAAUCUAGACACCCCAUUGGAGGAGAGGAGGGGGUUCUCAUGA